AGGAGUAAUAAUUCGAGCACCUCAGAUAUUUCCAAGUAAUUACAUGGGAAAAGUAGUUCAAGAUGGCGGAACACUUGGCUAGAAUUAUAGGUACAGAGGAAGAUCGCGUAAACUGCCCAUUCUACUGGAAGAUCGGUGCUUGUCGCCACGGCGAUCAGUGUAGCAGAGCCCAUUACAAACCUUCAGCUUCGCAAACACUUGUGAUUCGUCACAUGUACCAGAAUCCACCAGUAGCUAUCGCGAUAGCUGAAGGACAAAUGAUAUCUGAUGAGUUGCUGGAUAAAGCGGCUGACCAUUUUGAGGAGUUCUUCGAGGAAGUCUUCUUGGAGCUGAUGAAAUAUGGAGAAAUCGAAGACAUGGUCGUUUGCGAUAAUAUCGGAGAUCACAUUAUUGGAAACGUUUAUGUUAAAUAUAGCGAUGAAAGCGCAGCAUCUAGAGCGGUGACGUCGCUUUCUGGCAGAUAUUAUGGAGGGAGACCUAUACAAGCCGAGUAUACACCAGUAACUGAUUUUAGAGAGGCCAGAUGUCGACAGUUUGUAGAUGGUCAAUGCAGAAGGGGUGGAUAUUGCAAUUUCAUGCAUAUAAAGCACAUACCCCGUUCCUUACGCCGAAAGCUCAUGAAAAGGAUGUAUGAAGAAUAUCCAGAAUAUAAAAAGAGAUCCCCUAGGAGCUCCUAUCGCAAUAGGUCUGGAAGCCCACAUAGACCAAAGAGACAAACUAGUGAAGAGCGUCGUGAUAUGAUUGCUCAAUGGAAUCGUGAACGCGAGGAUAAAGCUCCUGGUCCCGAACAGUAAUGUUGAAUAGCGAUAAUUACCACCUAUUUCGCCAAGUGGUGAACCAUUUUCCAUAUGAAACAUUUAAAUAAUGUUAUAUAGU